AUGGGCGCACCGACCAGCUUUACUGCUCGAAGACCGAACGCGUCCAGCCUCCCGACCUUCGAACUACCACCGCCGCAGCUCACUAACAUCCACCAGAAAUAUCAGAGCUACACGGGAUUCAAUUCACAACAACCGCCCACCACUCUGACAAGUGUUGGAAACCUCCUCACCCCGCCGAGCAACAGCUCAACGGACGGAAUCAGCCCAGGUUCGUCUGGCGUGACGAGCGCAGGCUCACAGGGCGCACUCCCGCCUUUCACACCAACGGGUCAUUCUGGCAUGUGGCCGCCUCCAAAUACCGGCAGCAAUACAUACGGAUUCCAAUCAGCCGCAGCACCACAGCCAUUUGGGCAGGGACGCGGCCUGUUCUCUCCUUCCUUGAACUCGAUCAUGCGCGGAAACAACUCGCCCACCGCAACCGAAAGCCUUCCACCCCCACCCUACGACAUACACCAUUACUCCGGAGCCUCAAUGCCGAUGUCAGCACCAAGCUUACCGGCAUUGCAACAACAUCACCAACAUCAGAUGAUGGGAAGCGGAAUGAUGGGUGGCCAACCGCCAGUCACUCAAGCAUCACCAGUGAGCGCACAAGAAGCUUACUCCAGAGCGCCUCCGACACCGACGUACUACAGCCAAUCCGCGCCCUCAUCCGCAGCACCCCAACAAGGCGCGUUCGCGUACCCACCCGGCCCUUCACCCGUCCAACAGAGCCCAAUUAGUGCAGGAGGCGCAACACAAAGAUCGCCCGUCAACGGCCACGGUACCAUGCCGUCACCACAACAGCAAAUGUACCAACGACCGUACACCUACCCACCCCCGGGCGCCGUUCUCUCCAACGUCAGCAAUCCGGGCGGGCACAUGCAAAUGGUCGGCGGGAUGCCGCAUCACAUGGUGCAAGGCUUCAACAGCGGGCACGCGGCGCAGAUGCAGCAGAUGUACCAGCAGCAGGCGCCGCAGAACGACCGGCCGUUCCGCUGCGAUCAGUGUCCGCAGAGCUUCAACCGGAACCACGAUCUGAAGAGACAUAAGCGGAUACAUUUGGCGGUGAAGCCGUUUCCGUGCGGGCAUUGCGAUAAGAGCUUUUCGCGGAAAGACGCGCUGAAGCGACACAUCCUCGUCAAAGGGUGCGGCAAAUCCCACUCCACCACCGAGAUCAAAGAACUCGACGGCUCCAUCUCGCCCGACACCAAGUCGAGCACCGAUACCAGCCCCGUCGUCGCCUCAGCAUGA